AAAAGAUUUAAAACAGAAAAAAAAGUUAUGGAGCAAAGCCUAAUCGGAUCACGUCUGCUGCAUGCUACUGCGUAGUUUUUAGCAUCUAAAAACCCAACACAGCGCUCAGAGAGACGCACAGGAAGGCGCAAAGCUUGCAGCGAAGAAUGAGGCGCAAAGUUUCGGUGAUUUGAAGGAGAUCGGCUCCCCGCCCGGUUCAAUGGGUAGGCGGGGGGAGGACCAGGUAUGUUUUCCCGUUUCUAGGGACUGCCUUGUUGAUGUCACCGCGGAGGAGGAGGGCAGACGAGCAGGAAAGGACAGGUGCGCGGGGCAAAGUUGCCUCCCCCUAGUUAGUAGCUUUUUAAUGCGCCUGGGAAGCUUUCCUUUUGGGAUUUUUCUUUACAUUUUUCAAGAAUUUCUUUAAACACUUCCCGCUGACCCAAAAUGGGAUUUUAAUUUCUUUUCGGAAGGGUGGAAAACCAGUGUGCGCGCGGAGCUUACACGCAUUCCGUCCUGGUUUCUCAGCUGACAGUGAAGAGAAGGUUGCUGUUGUUCAUGAAGUGCACGUUGCUGUAAAAAAACAAAAAACAAAACCUGAGGUGUGGGAUCAAGACGCCCCAGCAUCAGAAGCAACACGCUCCGCUCCAAUGCGGCACUGACGCAGCUGCUCUCGCGGACAGAUGAUGCUCGGGUAAUUCACUGGAAGGGUCGAUCACUGAGGGAGUUUGAGAUAUAUUUAUUAUAAACAGACUUAUCUUCCCUGGAAUGGAAUACAACACAAGAUUUAAAGCUGAACUUCUCUUAUUUGCAAUGAUUUCUCCGCGCGCGGUCGCUCUUUAGGAUCCAAAGAGGUUGCUGUUUUUGAAGGACAGCCGUUCUUGGACUCUUGAGGUUUUCAAAAAGCGCCAACAGCGAUGUCCAAGACGCUGAAGAAGAAGAAGCACUGGUCCGCUAAAGUGCAGGAGUGCAGCGUGUCGUGGGGAGCUUCGGGGGAGCUGGUCACCGUGGUGGAGGUGCGCGGCGGCGCUGAGCUGGGAGAGUUCCCCUACCUCGGACACAUAGAGUCAGAGGCGGUGAUCUGUCACGCCGGGAGGCUCCCCGGCGGCGGGGACGUGCUGCUGGAGGUUAACGGCACUCCGGUGAGCGGACUCACCAACAGGGACACGCUGGCUGUCAUCCGCCACUUUCGUGAGCCUAUCCGUCUGAAAACUGUGAAACCAGGCAAGGUGUUGAAUAAUGAUUUACGUCACUACCUCAGUCUGCAGUUUCAGAAGGGAUCCGUGGACCAUAAGCUCCAGCAGGUGAUCAGGGACAACCUGUACCUGCGCACCAUUCCCUGUACUACUCGGCAGCCCAGAGAGGGGGAAGUUCCUGGAGUGGACUACAAUUUUAUCAGCGUGGGGGAGUUCCGCGAUCUGGAAGAAAGUGGGCUGCUGUUGGAGAGCGGCACCUAUGAUGGUAACUACUAUGGGACCCCGAAGCCCCCUGCAGAGCCCAGCCCUGUACAACCGGACUUGGUGGACCAGGUUCUCUUUGAUGAGGAGUUUGACACAGAGGUCCAACGAAAACGCACCACCUCUGUCAGUAAGAUGGAUAGAAAGGACAGCACUGCUCCAGAGGAGGAAGAGGAAGAAGAGAGGCCUCCGAUGGUCAAUGGUGUUGGAGAACACAAAGACAAGGCAGACUGGAGAAAGACGGUUCCCAGCUACAACCAGUCAGCGGGGUCCAUGGACAUGCGUGUGUGGAGCACGCAGGAUGAAAGUCAGGAGCCCUUACCUAAAAACUGGGAGAUGGCCUACACAGAAACCGGAAUGGUCUAUUUCAUAGACCACAACAGCAAGACCACCACCUGGCUGGACCCCCGUCUUGCAAGGAAAGCCAAGCCUCCUGAGAAAUGCGAGGAAGGAGAGCUGCCCUACGGCUGGGAGAAGAUUGAAGACCCCCACUUUGGCACCUACUACGUAGAUCACAUCAACCAGAAGACUCAGUUUGAGAAUCCAGUAAUGGAAGCAAAGAGGAAGCUGAGCAUAGACACACCUGUUGCAGUGCAGCCACCAGCAGCUGCUCCCUCAGAGGAGCUUGCUAGGGGAGCACGGGGCUUUACGCGAGAUCCAUCUCAGCUGCAGGGCUCCAUCCUGAAGACAGCGCUUAGAAAAAGCCCCCAGGGAUUUGGCUUCACGAUUAUUGGAGGAGACCGACCCGAUGAGUUCCUCCAGGUCAAAAACGUCCUUCCAGAUGGACCUGCUGCACAUGACAACAAGAUUGCCUCAGGUGAUGUGAUUGUGGACAUCAACGGGAUGUGUGUGCUGGGGAAGACUCACGCUGAUGUGGUGCAGAUGUUCCAGUCCAUCCCCAUCAACCAGUAUGUGGACAUGGUCCUGUGUCGGGGCUACCCUUUGCCUGAGGACACCAACAGCAGUGAGGAGGCGUCGGGCAGGCUCAGUGCCUCAAAGGAUGCUUCCCCUUCCCCAUCCACCUCCACGCCACAAGACUACACAACCCCAGAUGGAGCUACUCUCUCCCGACAAACUGCCUCAGUGCCACCUAUGAUGAGCAACGGAGGACGCAACCACCACCCUCAUCCCCACCACCAACAACAGCUUCCACCUGCCCAUUACCAAGAAGCCCCCGACCCCACUCUGUUACAGCCGGAGCUGGUGAGCGUGCCGUUGGUGAAAGGCCCUGGAGGUUUCGGCUUCGCUAUUGCAGACUGCCCCCUGGGACAAAAAGUAAAGAUGAUCCUGGAUGCUCAGUGGUGCCGCGGUUUGCUAAAGGGCGACGUCAUCAAGGAAAUCAACAGACAGAACGUCCAAACGCUGAGCCACACACAGGUGGUGGACAUCCUCAAAGACCUGCCAGUGGGCAGUGAGGUCAACGUGCUAGUGCUUCGAGGAGGUCAGACAUCUCCUGUGAAAUCACUAAAACCGUGCACAGCUCCCAUGUCCCACGCCGUAUCCCAGCCAACUCUUCACCAGGCACCUCAUCCUGUACCCCAGCAGCUGCCCCACCCAAGCUCUCAGCCCAUAAUACAGCAGCAGCAGCGACAGGAGAUAAUAAGCAGCACAGAGACCCUCUGUCAGUCAGAAGUGCCCCCCAACGUGCUUCCUCUCUCCACCAACUCCAUGCGCUCAUCUUCACCAAAACCAGAUGCAUCUGAGCUCUACCUCAAGUCCAAAGCCUUAAUGGACAGCAAACCUCCUAACACCAAGGACCUGGAUGUGUUCAUCAAAAGGAACCAGGAGUCAGGGUUUGGCUUCAGAGUUUUGGGAGGAGAGGGGCCAGAUCAGCCUGUUUACAUUGGUGCCAUUGUGCCCCUUGGUGCAGCUGAGAAAGACGGGCGCUUACGAGCUGGAGAUGAACUGCUUUGUAUAGAUGGCGUGCCAGUCAAAGGCAAAUCCCACAAACAAGUACUGGAGCUGAUGACCAAUGCUGCCCGUAAUGGCCAAGUCAUGCUUACAGUACGCCGAAAACUGGCACACAUAGAUGGUAGUGGGGAGGAGGAGAGCAGCCAGCAGCCCCAGCAGAUAGCAUCUGUUCAGGUCAACAGCUCUCCUAAGGUGCCUCGAAUUGAGGCGCCAAACGCCGUCCAGCCUGCUCAGAUGUCUCGACCGGAGCGCUUUGACGUCACACUGCAGCGCAAAGACAAUGAAGGCUUUGGCUUCGUCAUUCUUACAUCGAAGAACAAGCCCCCACCUGGAGUCAUACCUCAUAAAAUCGGUCGUAUUAUCGAAGGCAGCCCUACAGACCGUAUAGGUCAGAUGAAAGUGGGAGACCGCAUCUCUGCGGUCAACGGCCGGUCUAUCAUGGAGCUCUCGCACAACGAUAUCGUUCAGCUCAUUAAGGAUGCCGGCAAUUCAGUCACCCUCACUGUCGUACCUGAAGACGACAGCGCUCCUCCAUCUGGAACAAACUCAGCCAAGCAGAGCCCUUCAGCCCAACAUAAAGCUGUAGGACAACAGCCUUCCAGCUAUCAAGACAGAAGUAGUGACCCUGAGAUGAAGAACUCUGAGGUGGGAACACUUAUGACAUCCGGCCCAAAACAGGGCUGCUUACUGGUGGAGCUGGAGCGUAGCCAGCGGGGUUUCGGCUUCAGUCUGAGAGGAGGGAAAGAGUACAACAUGGGUCUGUACAUCCUGCGGCUGGCUGAGGACGGGCCUGCUCUUAAAGAUGGCAGGAUACAUGUUGGAGAUCAGAUUGUGGAGAUCAACGGUGAGGCCACGCAGGGCAUCACACACACACGGGCGAUUGAGCUGAUCCAAGCAGGAGGCCAUAAAGUUCAUCUGCUGCUCCGACCUGGUCAGGGCUUGGUCCCGGAUCACAGUUUAAAAGACAAAGUGACCAUUCCAACGACAAGCCUUCCCAGACUCUCUGCAUCCGACGAUCAGUCAUCUCCAGCUUCUCCAUCCUCUGUGUUCUUCUCUGCCUCGGAACGGUCCCCAUCUUCCCCCAAAACAUCCACCCCUGAUGAGCUCUCUGUGGGGGAUUACAGGGUGACUGGCUCCCCUGGUGCUGAGCAGGAGCAUGGCAGGCAGGCUAACAGAUCAAGAGGACAGCAGCCUUCCCAAUCCAACCCUGAACGCACCACCAGCCCCAGCUCCCACACCAGAAAGACAAGCAGGAACGACUCCAACUCUGACAUUCCCAAAAGAGCUGCAGACGGCUGGACGGAUCACGUAGAGCGGUCCCAGAGCCCCCGAAAAACAGACCGAGGCUACGGCAGAUCCCCAGAGAGAAAAGCCCAAGGGCAGAGAGACCACCGCUCCUCUAGUCCAAGGAAAGGCUCCAAGAGGGAACAGGACCCUCCUUCGCCUUUGAGGAACCCGGAAGAGCCUCAGAGCCCCAGGCGCCCAGCUGGUCAACAGCCUAGAGCUUCAACAGGCGAAGUGAAGGACUGGAGGUAUAAGGGGGAGGACGUAACUUACUGGCAGGAGAGGGGGCCGACAGAGAGCGGUGACAAAAGUUGGGGGACAACCGAGCGCCACAGGAAGGGAAAGAAAGCUGAGAAAGAGGCAGCAGCUCCAAAAUCUCACCGGGAGAGGGCAGGAUCUGACGCUGAGGCUGGCGUGCUGGGCCAGAGGAGUGGAAGAGAGAAGGGGGACAAAGAAUCUCGAGAAGGCAAAUACCAGUACCAGGGGACGGCUGAAGAGGCGAGCAGAAAGGAUCCAAGAGGUUCUAGCAGCAGCCUCCAAGACCCCAACUGUAAUGGAACCACCACCAGCAAGAAGGCUCCCAUCACCCCUGGUCCCUGGAAAGUUCCCAGGUCUGCCAAGAUCCAAUCCCAAGUGGACACAGCGUAUGCAGAUGUCUGAAAUCCCACCAGAACUGUGAAGAAGAAGCAGAGCUACAAGAGAUGGAGAACGGAAGGACGUUUUUGUAGAUAUCUGGAACAAAGCAGAUCACUGUGUAACCAGCAACAUAGCUUCUCAUUGACCUUUUUUUCUUUUUUCACCCAGUUUGCCUCGGACUGAUCUCUGAUCUGACAUGUACCUACAUGAGUAUUUGUGCUGUUAAAGAAGUGUGUGUGGUUUAUGUGUGUGUGUAACAGAUGGGCUCUUGAGUGUGAUUUUCUUUCUUUUUGGAUGUUGAUUUUGUGUCAGAGACUCCAGUUUUGACGAAGCUGCUCCUGAUAGCACUCACUGUGAAACAGCUCCUAGGCGAUGAAGUGAUGGAAACCAGAUGAAGGAUCCUGCUUUAUGUGACACUUUGAAGGUUUUAAGGCAUAUUCAUGCACUCACGCAGCUUUUUAUACCAAGCAAGAUUGAAUCACUGUUAUAUUCACAAACAGAUGAAGUAAAAGCCGACUGUCAAGUGUCUCAAAGAAAAAAACGUAGUUUAAUGUCUGUUUUUGUUUUUUUUUUUUUUGGAGAACUUGAUGAGAGUUGUGCGCUUGUGAAGACACGAGUCCGAUUCGGGUGGAAAGACUACCCCGGAGCUUUAUAUGCACCAACGAGCAGACCAGAUACUUGUGGUUAUAGUUCUAAUGUUUGUUACAUGUGUUGUAUAAUAAAGCAAAAUGCAAUUUAUUGAAAUUAUAGGUGAACAAAUGCUGAGGAAUUUUACCUUCGAUGUGAAUAUGGGUAGAAGCAGAAACAUGUAGAUAAACAUCACCAUUUACAAUAAUGCCACCAUACAAGCUACCAACUAUACAUUAUAUUUCAUGAUGUGUAAAGAGCCUGAUUCAUCAUGUUUUUGACUGUUAGCAGCACUGUGUAUGUAUACAAGCUGAAUGACGGUAGGCCAAUGUAUUGUAGAUACUGCGCUAGCGUUGACUAUACUUAAUCUGAAACACAUGUUAUUCAACAAAGUGAUUACUCUUAUAUUAACACAUAAUUUAGAUGCAUUGAAUUAACAGAGCCUGAUUGAAAAAAAGUUCAAACUCUGCCUUCAAUGUGAAAUAUUUGUAUUUUAAUCAUUUGCACAAAAGCAAGGUUUUUUUUUCUCCAUUUAAAGCCCUAAAAUAAAUUUUUUUUUUUAUACCAUGACCUAUACUGUAAGUUUGAUGGUUACACUAGAUAGUCACAUGUGCUUCAUGAACAAAACCAAACUGAGAAGAGAAUUAAGCAAAUUUGUAACACAAGGAAGGGAAGCUGCUCUUUGUGUACGUUGUAAAAUGUGAAGAAGGGGUGUGCUGCUUCCUUUCAGAGUCAGAUUUGAUGCAAUGCUAACGCUUAAAUCAAAGUGGGAGUAAAAACUAUAUCUGUUCAUAGCCAUCAGCUAUUCCCUGUAGUGUCUGAGUUUCUGUGGACUACAGAGACAUCUAGUGCUUAAAACUGCUCUUUACAAACAGCUCAUAGCCCUCAUCACCCUGCCUGCUGAAGGAUACUAAGAAAUAACACAUACAUCUGUUGCUCUGUGUGACCAUUAAAUAACUUAUAGUUAAUUUGAUGGGCUGCUGUGUUAUUGCCUGUUCAUGUCAUUACCAUGUAUGAUACUGUGGCCUUGCAUUGCACCAACAUAUAUAUUAACAGAAGAAAAAAGUCAUAGUUUUGACCUCAGUGUAGUUGUAUAUGUUUAUAAAUUGUACAGCACCUGUAAAAAGAAAAAAAAAAUAUUGCCUUCAUGCAGAAAAAAAAAUCCUCUGUAAAUUGUUUCAUUAUUUUUCUAAGGGAACCGAGAGGUAAUGAUAUAAAAUGGGUGAAAAGAAAUAAUUUGGUCAUGGCAUACUGUUCAUGCACUGAGAAAUAAAGGUUUACUGAUGAAAAGA